CUGCCAAGUCUCGCGAGAGCUGCCGGCGUUGGCGGCGGCGUCGUCGUGAUGGAGCCGGGCGGUGGCGGAGGUCCGGGCGGCUUGCUCAUUGUCAAUAACAAACAACGGAGCGGGGCGCUGGGGCUGGCCACACCGCCGACGGGGCCCGGAGGAAAGGGUCGGGAACCCAACCGCAACCAGCGGAAGGACUCGGAGGGUUUCUCAGAAUCACCAGACUUUGAAUUUGAAUAUGCAGAUACAGACAAAUGGGCUGCUGAACUGUCAGAAUUAUAUAGUUACACCGAAGGGCCUGAAUUCCAGCUCAACAGAAAAUGCUUUGAAGAGGAUUUUAGGCUCCAUGUGCUUGAUAAAAAAUGGAUAGAAUUGGACACCAACCAGCACCGUACUCAUGCUAUGAGACUUCUGGAUGGCCUUGAGGUCACUGCGCGGGAGAAGAGGCUCAGGGUGGCUCGAGCCAUCCUUUAUGUCGCACAAGGUACAUUUGAUGAGUGCAGCUCUGAAGCUGAAGUUCAGUCCUGGAUGAGAUACAACAUAUUUCUUUUGCUUGAAGUUGGCACUUUCAAUGCUUUGGUGGAACUUUUGAACAUGGAAAUAGAUAAUAGUGCUGCCUGUAGCAGUGCAGUGAGGAAGCCUGCCAUCUCCUUAGCUGAUAGCACAGACUUGAGGGUGCUGCUGAAUAUUAUGUACCUUAUUGUAGAAACUGUCCGUCAGGAAUGUGAAGGAGACAAGCCUGAAUGGAAGACAAUGAGGCAGACUUUCAGAGCAGAACUAGGGGCACCUCUGUAUAACAGUGAACCAUUUUCUGUGAUGCUCUUUGGAAUGGUGACGAAAUUCUGCAGUGGCCAUGCCCCUCACUUCCCUAUGAAGAAGGUGUUGCUUCUCCUGUGGAAAACUGUUCUGUGUACUCUUGGAGGAUUUGAGGAACUUCAAGAUAUGAAGGCAGAGAAACGGGAGAUGCUAGGUCUCCCUCCACUUCCUGAGGACAGCAUAAAAGUAAUUCGCAACAUGCGAGCUGCCUCUCCUCCAGCCUCUGCUUCUGAUCUGAUAGAACAGCAGCAGAAACGGGGGCGGAGAGAACACAAGGCUCUUAUUAAACAAGAUAACCUAGAUGCCUUCAAUGAGAGAGAUCCAUACAAAGCUGAUGACUCACGUGAAGAGGAAGAAGAGAAUGAUGAUGAUAAUAGUCUUGAAGGGGAGACAUUUCCUCUUGAAAGAGAUGAAGUGAUGCCCCCUCCAGUCCAACAUCCUCCUACUGACAGGCUGACUUGCCCCAAAGGUUUGCCUUGGGCUCCAAAGGUUAGGGAGAAAGACAUUGAGAUGUUUCUGGAAUCUAGUCGGAGCAAAUUCAUUGGCUACACCUUGGGAAGUGACACCAACACAGUAGUAGGAUUGCCCAGGCCUAUUCAUGAGAGUAUCAAAACUCUGAAGUUGCACAAAUAUACAUCUAUUGCAGAAAUUCAAGUACAAAUGGAAGAGGAGUAUUUACGUUCCCCAUUGUCAGGUGGAGAAGAAGAAGUUGAGCAAGUUCCUUCAGAAAUCUUGUACCAAGGUCUACUUCCCAGCCUGCCACAGUAUAUGAUUGCCUUGCUGAAAAUUUUGCUGGCUGCAGCACCCACCUCCAAAGCCAAGACUGAUUCCAUUAACAUCUUAGCAGAUGUUUUGCCAGAGGAGAUGCCAACAACUGUGUUGCAGAGUAUGAAGCUGGGAGUUGACGUCAACAGGCACAAAGAGAUAAUCGUAAAGGCCAUUUCUGCUGUUUUGCUGCUGUUGCUCAAACACUUUAAGUUAAAUCAUGUCUAUCAGUUUGAAUACAUGGCCCAACACCUGGUGUUUGCCAAUUGCAUUCCCCUUAUAUUGAAAUUCUUCAAUCAAAAUAUUAUGUCAUAUAUUACAGCCAAAAAUAGCAUCUCUGUUUUGGAUUAUCCAUACUGUGUGGUGCAUGAGCUGCCUGAGCUGACUGCAGAGAGUCUGGAGGCUGGAGAUAACAAUCAGUUUUGCUGGCGGAACCUUUUUUCCUGCAUUAAUCUACUAAGGAUAUUGAAUAAAUUAACUAAAUGGAAACACUCAAGAACUAUGAUGCUAGUAGUAUUCAAGUCAGCUCCCAUUCUGAAACGAGCCCUUAAAGUGAAGCAGGCCAUGAUGCAGCUCUAUGUUCUGAAGCUUCUCAAGGUGCAGACAAAGUAUCUGGGGCGACAGUGGAGAAAGAGCAAUAUGAAAACAAUGUCCGCAAUCUAUCAGAAGGUGCGGCAUCGGCUGAAUGAUGACUGGGCUUAUGGCAAUGACUUGGAUGCUCGUCCAUGGGACUUCCAGGCUGAAGAAUGUGCACUGCGUGCCAGCAUAGAGCGCUUCAAUUCUCGACGCUAUGAUCGCACACAUAACAACCCAGAUUUUCUGCCAGUGGAUAACUGUUUGCAGAGCGUUCUGGGCCAACGUGUUGAGCUACCUGAAGAUUUCCAAAUGAAUUAUGACUUGUGGCUGGAAAGGGAAGUUUUUUCUAGACCCAUCUGCUGGGAGGAAUUGCUGCAAUGAGAGGGAAAUCUUCAGAGACUCAGGGCUAGUCCAUGUGCCCAGGAAUGAGAGCUCUCGUGCUUCGGUCAGCCCAAACAUAGAGAAGAUAAACUGGUUUUCAUAUGGCUUGUAAUCUGCCGUUCGUUUCUUAUCCAUGUGGCAGCAUAAAUUUUACUGCUUUCAGUGACUUAGUCAUAUGACUUUCCAUGGUUCCUGGAUGUCUUAGAAGGUGUUAAAUCUUUGGGGGUUCUUGGGUGGUUUGGAACAUGCUCAAUGGAUCCAAAGUUGUUCACUUGGAGAUAUCUGGACAAUAUCAGUGUCGGCACUGAUGGCUAUUCAGAUCGCUGUUCACUGGACUUGACUAGCUUGUCUCUUUCAAACUACAAUGCCAUCUUUUUCUGCUCUGCUCCCAUCUAUGUCUCAGAGAGACAGAAUGCUGCCCCUUUUCUGUUAGCUUCUAGGAAAAAGAAGCUUCAUGAAGGUAUUAGUAGAAGGUGGGAAAUAUCUUGGUAUACCAAUCCUCAAUCUGUCACAGGAAAGAGAUCUCUGAAGUCCAUCUAGUGCAUGUUGUGACAACAUUGAGAAGGCAAAACGUUCUUUUUUUGUUUUCAGCAUUACCAGAAUUCCCAUCAGCUAGUUGGCAAUGAAAGCUUUGCAGUUGGCUUGUCCUCUCUUGGGGAAGUGAUCAGGCAACUUCAUCCAGAAAUGUUGGCCCAUUUUGUUUGCUGGUAAAGCCAAAUUGUGUCUAAGAAUAAUUCCAGAUAAUAACUGGCAUAAUUUAGUAAUAUCUGUUUCUUUUCAUUAAGCAAUCUUUCAUAUUUGCAUAUGAUAAAGCGAAGUUCUCGCUUUUAUCAGCAUGCUCGCGUUUCAUCAUUUUGCGCAAGACCAUGUAAAGCAAUUUUUAGUGUAAGUCCAUAUGGUAGGGUAGUUUCCUUAUUCCACCUGCCUACAGUAUUUGUUCUUUCCCAGUCAAUGUAGCAAACUCAAACAUCCUUAUUUUUGAUGUUACUGUUCUCACAAAGAAGUUCAUACGUUUGGAUUUUGUCUCUACUACCCCAAGCAACCCUAUGAAAAUCUGAAAUAGCAUAAUCCAAGGCCAGGUUUGCCGCCUUGUUUUGCAAGAACCAUGCCUCUAAUGGUCUUGCAAAACUGAACUGUGAAUAUGGUGGAAGCGAAGCCAUCUACUUGAAAUAGGCAAUACAUUGAUAUGUUUGUCAAGUGGGUGAUUUCUCUUCCUCAAGAGAUUUGCAGUGUGUCUUGAAUGUUAAAACAGAAGUGCAUGAACCUUAGCAUUAAAUCCAGCAGUAUGAUGGCAUUUUCCAUCUGUCUGCUUUGUAAUCUGGUUACAUCCUUAGUCUGAAAUCGUAUGACAACUUACAUGGAACUAAAUCUUACUGAAAUUAUUGGGAGCUUUUGAGUAAAUAUUUUUAGGACUGGGUGUCCCUAAAAUCCUAUUGCAGAACCAUUGACAAAAAGUUCUCCAGCACUUGUGCUCCGCAGGCAUUACCUUGUACUCAAACACUCCUCCAAGCCUUUUCAUUUGUCUUGCCCAACUUCCAUGUACACAUCGUCUCUCAAAAGAAGCCAGGGAAUUGACAGCCUGGGGCUAGAGAGAACACAUAGCAAGUUUGCCAUGGGCCAUCUGGGAAAAGAGCUCAUACAUCCACUGAGCAUGCGCUUCGUCUUUUUGGGGCUGGUAGAUUUUUCUAAUUUCUGUUGUCUUUCUCUUCUCUCUGGAGGUGUUGGUUACAAGGAGUUAAGGCUAAGCUGUGCUCUCUAGAUGAGGGGUCAUAUUAUUUAUAGCAAUCUUGCAAGCAUAGAAUGAUUUCCUUGUGUCAGUUGGUAUGUGAGACGUUUCUCUGACUUUUCUUGAUUUCUCAGCACACAGUCCUCAUAGAUGUAGUUGUUUGAUGAAUCUUCAAGAACAGAGAUGUUUGUUACAGGUAGAUGAAAAGGGACAUGGUUUUUCCCAUCCUGGACAUAAACUAGGCCAUGUGGUCUGCACAAGGUGUUGGUGCAGCCUGCUAGGUGCUGCCACCGCUUUUCCCCGCCCACCCCUGCCACUGCUUCCUGCCUGCAGCCCACGCUUGCCCUGCCUGCCAUUUACUGCCAGUUGUUCCAGCUGCUGCUUGCCUCCACCCACCUACUGCUGCUGGCUUCCUGCUUGCUUGUUGACCCCGCUUGCCUCCUACCCGUUGCUGCCGCUUCUCCCUGCCCGUCGCCCCAGCUUGCUACUACCUGCUACCUGUUCCUGCCGCUCCCUCUUGCCAUCACCUGCCAGUCCCCACCACUUGUCCUGCCUGAUGCAGCCACUUGCUGCUGCUUGUCACCACUGCUGUUUGCCCCCACCACCUGACAUAGCCCAUGCCAUCACAGAGCAGCAAAGGAAACCAAAUAAAUGAUGGUCAGUAAAGUACUAUUCCAUGGACCACACACCAGCCAUGGACUACCUCUGUUUUCUUUUCAGAGAUGUCAGUUUUUAUUUCCUUGGUUAGGGCCACAAGAGGAACUGCUGGAGGGACCUGAAGUUUUUGUUCUUCCUCUGCAUUCUUUUUUAUUCAAUGUGUUGUCGAAGGCUUUCAUGGCUGGAAUCGCAGGGUUGUGUGCUUUCUGAGCUCUAUGGCCAUGUUUCUGAAGUAUUCUGUCCUGACGUUUUGCCCACAACCUCUCAGGAUGCCUGCCAUAGAUGUGGGCGAACGUCAGGAGACAAUACUUAUGGAACAUGGCCAUACACACAAUCCUUUUUUGUUUUGUCUUUUGUAUUUUUGUGUUUUUUGUUUUGUUUUUUUGCACUUACCGUUUUCUUCAGAGGUUCCUUGUGAAAGGUUUUCAUUCUUUCUAUAAGUUCAGAAUUCCCUUUUGGCAAUACUUGAAUUGAGCUGGCUGCUCUCUCCCUUACAGCGGCAACCGAACCUUCCAUUUCAGUCACUGAUUCUCAAUUGCAGAGAAUCUCUUCAGCAAAGACCAGUAAAAACAGAGGCAUACCUUCUCUAACCUAGAAUUAGGAUCAAGUUUAGUAGAACAAGUACAGUUAGUCUGAUCGGGCAGCCUAAUCCCCAGAUUUUUAUCCAUCCAUAAGUGGGAAUUCAAGCUUUUAAAAAGGUGUACAUACCGAGAGAGCGAGACUCCUUCUAUUUCUUCAUUGUGAACAAUGUGACGGUGGCAUGAUCAUGUAAAAGAAGCAAGCAGUCAUGUAAAACAGUGAACAAACAUUAAAAAUAGCAAAAUGCCUGA